AUGGACUUCAAGUAUGUUGAUGUUGGACGUGUUCAAAUAGAAUCAACUUGUCAUAAAUCCAGACGCUGGAGACGUGAUGAGAAGCUAGUCAAAAAGUUGGAUAUUAGAAUGAAAGAACGCACGAUAAACCCAACCAGCAAUGCUGUUGAGCCUACAAGGCGGAGCAUAACCGUUUGCUGGACAGAAAGCAGGUAG